AUGCCUAUAGAUGGGAUCACCAUUGGCGCCGGUGUACCCUCUCUCGAGGUUGCUCGAGGAUACAUUGACGAUAUUGGCUUGAAAUACAUUUCCUUCAAGCCUGGUUCUGUCGACGCCAUCAUAGCCGUGUUAAAAAUUACAGAUGACCGCCCAGAUUUUCCAAUCAUUCUUCAGUGGACAGGAGGGCGCGGUGGUGGUCAUCACUCAUUUGAGGACUUUCAUGCGCCCAUUUUCGCCAUAUAUCACGAAUGCCGGAAGAGAGAGAAUGUGAUCCUCGUUGCCGGAAGUGACUUUGGUGCUGGAGAGGAUACAUAUCCGUAUAUGUUAGGCACAUGGUCGAAGCAAUUUGGGUAUCCUGCGAUGCCUUCCGAUGGAGUUUUACUGGGUAGUCGCCUGAUGGUUUGCCGGGAAGCUCAUACGAGCCUACAGGUCAAAAAACUCAUCUGCGACACGCCUGGCGUGGGGGACAGCGACUGGGAGCGAACCUACACCGGGAAUGCCGGAGGCGUGAUAACAGUGAAGUCUGAAAUGGGGCAGCCGAUCCACAAGAUUGCUAAUCGCGGUGUGCGUCUCUGGGCUGAGCUGGACCAGAGUGUCUUUGCUCUUCCACGCCCGAAGAUGGUUGAAGAGAUCAACAAAAAGAAGCAGUACAUUAUCUCUCGACUGAACAGAGACUACGCAAAGCCCUGGUUUGGGCAAGACAAUACUGGAACCCCCCUUGAUCUCAUUGACAUGACAUACACGGCUGUUUUGAAGAGAAUGAUCCAGCUGAUCAGAACUUCCUCUAAUUUUUACUUCGAUAUUGAUGCAUUGGAAGAUCCGAACGCCUUCGUUGAGUCAUUCGCAGCGCAUUGCCCGGAGUGCAACACGCGGCAGUUGCAUCCAGACGAUGCAACCUUUUCCAUUCAGAGAUGCAAAGCCCGAACGCAGAAACCCGUUAAUUUCAUCCCCGUUCUCGAUGAGAACUUCGAGUUCUGGUUCAAAAAAGACUCACUCUGGCAGUCGGAAGACAUUGAGGCGGUUGUCAAUCAAGAUGUUGAACGAGUCUGUGUUCUGCAGGGACCAGUCGCCGUCAGACAUUCUGUCAACCUAGAUGAGUCGGCCCAGGAAAUCUUGAAGAGCAUAUCAGACUUCCAUACAAGCAAUCUCCUUCGUGAACGUUACGGUGGAGACUUGAAGCGCAUCCCGAGGACCGAGGACCCUGCUUCUACGUCCCCACUGUCUGGACCACUUGGUUAUACUGAUGAAAAUACUGCCUGCACACAGACUUUUUGUGCUCUUCCCGGUGACUCUGUUGACUGGUUAGGCGUUUUGGCUGCGAACUCAUUUGGAUGGGUGCACGAUCUUGUGUGCGAGUCCCAUACUAUCCGCAACGGAGUUCGCAGGAAGAAUCCUUUCAAGAAAAUAUUCGACUUGAAACCAGGGCAGAUGCUGCUACUGGAACACAAAGUACAGCGGAUCGUGUUAAGCGAUACUACAAGUGGGCAUACGCUCGCUGUGAUACACCGAUCCGACGCCGACAUGACCAUUUGCUUUGAUUUAUACCAACCGCGUAAUUUCACGGCCGCGCCAGCUAUUUUGUCCCUCCAGUAUAGGCACCUUUCAACCGGUUUAUCAUCUGCUCUGGAAGAGCUUACUAAUGACCGGGAUGCUCGCAUCAAAUCAUUUUACAGCAAUGUGUGGCUCGGCUACGAAAUGAAUGCCUGCUCUCCCGAUGCGACAUUUACUGGGCCAACGAUCACCCUGACUCAAGAGUUGAUUCAUAUGUAG